UUUUCACAGCGACCAGACAGUUUUCCUUUGACAACGCGCCGAGACGCACACGCUUCUCAUCUCGGCCCGAUUCAAUUCGAUUUGCAGUGGGCCAAAAAAAUCGAGAACUCAAAAACAAAAUCGCGUUUGCAUGCGACAAAAAUCUUUCAGCGAGUGUGUGAAUGUUGCUAAAUUUAAAAAUAACAGCUUAAGUUGUGCUGCUCCCAAAGUAAAUUGAAAUAAAAGCAAAAGUGAUGCGUCCGCCGUCAUCGUCGCCGUCGUGAGCAGGGAAAACAGAGAUAGAAAAUGGGAAAAUAGGAAAAUAAGAAAAAUAUCAACGCAUAAAUAAAGCGUCGCGUUCGCGUCCGAUUCUGUCGCAUUUGCCGGCUGCAUUCCCAAAUAGAUCGGGGCGCUAUAGCCUAUAGCUGGUUGUAUGCCCGUGGGCACUUCAGUGCGAGUAUAUAUCCCCAACCUGGCCGAUGCGUGCCGGUGGAUUAUGUAAAGUGGCACACUGCCGAACCCCAUACCAAUAUCUCGGUAUAUCGUCGAGCGCGAAAAAAACAAAGGAAACGGAAUAAAAGUUUACCGAAGGAAUAAAUGAAAUGAAAAUAAAAUAAAAUAAAAUUAAAAUAAAAGCAAAAUAGAAUACAGAGAGUGUCGUGGAAGAUCGCUAGAAAUUUGUAGCACGCGCGCGAUUUCAGUAAGUGCAUCUAAUUUAUUUUGCAUCUAUUGCAAUUGAGAGGCGUUCGCCGAGUGCAUCCGCCAGAUACGUUUUCGUAAUUGUCGUCAGUGGUUCGAGUUGCUCCGUUUCGAUCGCGCGAGUGUCCGCCAGAUUGGAUUACCAGCCAGGCCCAAAAUAAAUUAUACAAUACUGAAGCGGGCACAACAUAUUGCGAACGAAUUUUGAUCGGAACGUUCGAGGAUCGCCUGCCAAAAGCAACGUAAUGUCGUCCUACCGCAGUUAUACCCCUUGGAAGACGAGCUUGGGCAGUUCCUACAAGCCUGCCAGUUCUUCGUAUGGUAGCUCCGGUGAUUCCACAUCGCGAUACACUUCGCUGGCCACGCCUAGCUCCUACAGACCCUCGUUUUCUGGUGGAACGUACCGCCUCAAAAGGGAUCCACCACCACCAGUCACAAGUACUCCAGUUACGAGCUAUGUCAGUCGCUAUGCCAAGACAGAGCCCAAAGAAGCAGCCCCAAGUGAGCGAACUAGUCCAGUUAAAAGAUAUACGGGUACGUCAACCAGUUCGCUUGGCAAAUAUGUGAGAUCUCGAGAUCCCAGUCCAGUGGCGCUGGAACACACAAACCGCAACAAAUCAAGGGACCCGAGCCCCGUCAACGACAGUGCCAGGAGUAAACUGGGAGCCACAUACCGCGGUGGUAAUACAACCACCUCCAGUUCGUCCUCUUCGGCCACGAGAAACGCAUACAGCAGUCGCUAUGGAGCGGGUUCUCGGAUCUCGGGGAACGGAAGUGCCCUUUCCUACCUGACCACCAGUGAUUUCCAUGCCAGAACUGCCAGCAGGGCCAAGGCCAGCAGAGAAAGGGAGCGGGAGAGGGAGAAGGAGCUGGAGAUCGAGGAGAAUCCGAGAGAGGUAUCCUAAUGGCAAGGAUAAGACUCCCGAGAAGGAGCAGGAAAAACAUCCAGCAGACGACACAGAAACCAAUGAGACCUUCAUCACCAUUUCCGUAGUCACUAGAGCCACUUCGCCAACCCUACCGGGCAGCACCACCGUUCAGCG